UGUCAUUCGUGCUGAGGAGCUGCUGUUAGCGUUUAACGCGGAUAUUUUGUUUCCUCUUUAAUUGUGAACCUGCUCGUAUUGUUAGCUUAAAAUGAGCUCAAAGUCAAACGGAAAAGAAGACGAAGAUUUUCUGUUUCUUGAAAAGGUUUUGGACAAGUUUUAUGACUUUGGUGAUGAACCAGCAUCAAAAAAGAAGCUCAAGAAGAAGAAGAAACGGAAACAGCGUGAAGAAGAGGAGGAGGAGGAGGAGGAGGUCACCACAGUCAAGGAUAUGUGUGGUGAUGAUGAAGAAUACAGUACUGAACAUCAGCAGCAACAUCUACAGACCGAGCAAACAGGUCCAACGCAGGUAAACCAGGUGGAGGUUGUGACAUUUCAAGACCCCAGAAAGAAACUGAAGACAGAGGAGAAGCCAGCUGCAGAGAAAACACCUGCCCCUCAGAUACCACAGAAGAAGCAAAGCGAACAGCUGGAGGAACUCAAUUUUGAAAAGGCUCGUCUGGAGGUCCAUCGCUUUGGAAUCACCGGCUACAAGAAGGAGCAGCAGCGUGUUUUCGAGCAGGACAGAGCAGUCAUGUUGGGAGCCAGACCUCCUAAAAAGGAGUAUAUGAACUACAAGGUGCUGCAGCAGCAGAUCAAGGAAAAGAAGCAGAAAGCGAAGGAGGAGGUUCAGCCGGACCUGAAGAAGAAGAAGAAGAAUAAUCAAAGAGACAGGAUCAGAGAGAAGAAGAAGGUGUCCUCUGGUUCUGGCUCGGCCCCCUCAGGUCAGGUGGGGCGGUUCAAGAACGGCAUGCUGAUCCUGAGUUCCAAGGAGAUCCAGAAAAUCAAAGGCAACAAAGGACACAAAUAGGUGAUUAAAUCCUCCGUGAUGAGAAGGAAUCCAGACCAGAGGAAGACCUGGCAGCUCACCGCAGAACUGUUCGCAGCCAAACAUGUUGUGAAGAGGAAAUGGACGAGAGCUGAUUACUACGUGACCUGAGAGGCUGAUUUCCUGACAGCGUGUCGCUGGCCUGCAGUGAAAUAUGCGACAGUGUUACCGUCGACAGACUGCUGAGUCAGAAAUCCAAUUUAUCGACCUCCAAAAUGGACCCUGAACGUCUCACUGUGGCGGCGCAUUAAUGCACAAAAGCAGAGACUCUGUUGAAUCAUAUUCCAUCACAAUUAAUUUAUUUUCUUUUUAUAAAUGGAAAAAAAAGAAGAAGGAGA